CAUGGACUGCUGGGAGGCUCACUGGGUGUGCUGAGAGCCACACGCUACUUCCACAGCUGCCAGUGCUGAGUGAGAAGGUAGGUUUCUUUGUCCUCUGCCUCUGUAUCCUGGAGAUGGCAUCACCCAAGGUCGCAGUGGUCGGCGCGGGAGUUGUCGGCCUGUCCACAGCACUGUGCAUUGUGGAGACUUGUCCCAGCUGCUCUGUGACAGUCCUUUCAGACCAGUUCAGCCCCAACACAACGAGUGAUGCUGCUGCUGGGAUGCUCAUUCCUCACACGUACCCAGGCACACCGAUUCACGUGCAGAAGCAGUGGUUCAAAGAGACUUUCACUUACCUUUUUGCCAUCAGCAACUCAGCCGAGGCGUCAGAGGCUGGCAUUCACCUGGUCUCUGGGUGGCAGGUCUUUAAAAGCACUCCCAAGGAAGAGUUACCUUUCUGGUCAGAUGCUGUCCUAGGAUUUCGACCAAUGUCUGAAGCAGAACUCCAGAAGUUCCCACAGUACCGAUUUGGUCAAGCCUUUACGACACUGAAAUGUGACUGUCCAUUCUACCUGCUGUGGCUGGAGAAAAGGUUGAAAGCAACUGGCGUCCAGAUGUACAAGAGAAAAGUUUCAGACCUGUGGGAGCUGCACAGUGACUACGACAUCAUCGUCAACUGCGCUGGCAUUGGAGCCCACCAGCUGGUGGGGGACAAGAAACUCUUCCCUGUCAGGGGACAAGUACUCAAGGUUUAUGCUCCUUGGGUGAAGAACUUCAUCCGGGAUGGGGAUGGCUUAACUUACAUCUACCCAGGGAUACACAGGGUAACCCUGGGGGGAACUAGGGAAAAGGAGAACUGGAGUCUUUCCCCUGACCCUGACACUACCAAAGACAUCUUUGACAGAUGCUGCUCCCUUGAACCCUCACUGCGGGAAGCUUGGGAUAUCAAAGUGAAGGUGGGCCUGAGGCCAUCCAGGCAGUGUGUGAGACUGCAGAGGGAGGUUUUGAGCCAAGGAGGAGCUAAGCUCCUAGUGGUCCACAACUAUGGGCAUGGGGCAGGUGGCUUUUCGGUACACAGGGGCACAGCCAAAGAGGCUGCUCGCCUGGUGGGAGAGUGCAUUGCUGCCCUGCAAGGCUCUUCAUCAGGGGCCAAGCUGUGAAUCCCAGAGGCUCCUUUUCCAUUUACAGCAGGCUAGUGUUACAUCUCCCAGUAGCAGCUUGGACUUCUACUCCAUUAUGGAAGAAAAGGAAAGAAACUAAGUCAACAGCUUGUUGAAUUGCACAUAUUCGGUGGUAUCUCACCUGGCUUCCAGCUGCUACCUUGGAAAGGCAUGGUGGGUUGCUCCAAGUAUUGGUCCAGCUGUUCGUCUCCUCUGUGUGGCAUUGUUGCUGCCCUGGGCCUUUGUCCUAGCCUCAUGUUAAGAAGAAGACAAGAUAUAUAAAUACUCUUCAUGUAACAGGGAUCAUAUCGCUGCAGGAUAAUACACAUAACCUCCAUUUAUCAUUUUUGCAUCUGCAUCUAAAGGGUGUCAGAUGCACUAGGUUCAGAUUCAGUAAAAAUCAGUUCUUUCCUUUUGUGCCAAAUCUAAUCUAGUACUGCCCUUGCUCCUGCCAUCUUGCUGAAAAAUUUUGUCAUUGACCGUAUAAUUUACAAGGAAAAGAAAACCCCACACAGUGCUGCAUUACGGCACUCCAGGUCAGCUCUUACAGAAAGCAAUGUUAGGUCAUUGUCUGCCACAAAGAUUUUAAGACAGGUUUGUGAUACUGAUCACUGCAUUUGCUCACAUUACACCUCAGAGAACUUAGUUUCUGCUAACAUUGCCCCAUAGAACUACAGUUUUGUGCAUCUUUUCUCACACUUGUUUGCAAGUUUGUAUUUUUUCCUCCAAGCCCCUCAGAUUUUGCUCUGACAGAUCAUUUCCCCCCCACCCCACAUAGCAACAUUGACGUGGUCUGCGUUCCACAGAAGAGGAUUUUUCAGAGUGGGCUUGGGAAUGAAAGCAUCUCUUUUCUACUUCACAUCCACACUGUCUGCAUUCCUUGCAACAGCUGAUAUGAAUAAACUGGAGACAAACCAACAGGGAUUCUAACACCAGGAUCGGUUUCAUAAAAGAGAAGAGCCAUUUAAGACUAGAUAAAUGCUCUAAAGACAAAUUUGUCUGUAAAUUUGAGCAAGCUCCUCUGCUGUAAGACAGCUGAGUCACCAGAGACCAGACCAUCUCACUCCAUGGCAGAGGCCAACCUGGGCUUUACACUCCCCUUGGCAAUUCAAGCUCUUUGAUGUGGAAGAUAAUCACUCUGCAAUACUGGUUCUUACUAUCAAAGUACAACUCCGAUUGUUAGUGAUUAAACCACUCAUUAGAUCUUAAAUGUCUCAUUUAAGAGUAUCAUCCACUUUUGUCUAUUAUUUAGUUGUUAGAGUUACAAAAACUAUUCAAAAUCCUUCAAGAAUUUACAUUAUUAAAAUGAACUGAUAAAUAAAGUUCUAAUAAUGGAGCAAAGGUCA